AUGCCUUUGCGGAGCGGAGUCUGCAGGAUCUGGAACGAUGAAAAGGGCUUCGGCACGGUGGCGGAUUAUCUGAAUCCAGGCGACCGCGUCGAAUUCACUAUCGAGCACGACAAGGAGAGAAAGAAGUACAAGGUGUCGGGCUGCCAGCUCGUCGAGAGGGUGGAGGGCGGCGCCAAGGCCGUCGCCCUGGGGAUAGCAGGUAAGGGCGUGGGCAAGAAGGGAGGCAAGGACGACAAUGCUGGCAAGGGAGGCGGCGGCGGCGCCUACUCGCCCUACGGCGGCCCUGCCAAUCCGUACCCGUGGUGUGACCGCCCAGCUCGUAAGCACCUCGCGGUGAGACGAGCAACCCCGCUGGACGAGGAACCGCUGGACCUGCCGGGCGUUGACGUCAUCGACAAGGUCACGAAAGGCGUCUAUUCGGGCGUCCCGGAUGCCGACGUCGUGGGCGCGACCAACGCCGCGGACCUUGCGGCUGGACAGUUCAACCCGGUGCCCAAGCUUCCGGAGACGCUCGACCAGGUCGUCGGGUUUUUUCUGACCAUCUUCCCGAUCAUAGUGCUUGCGAGCUGGGUCAACAUGAACGUCGUCUCCUACAACAAGUCGAAGGAGGCGAAGGAGGCCGACGAGAAGAGGAAGAUCCGGAGGGCGAUCAAGGUCGACGAGAAGGAGCUCGAGGAACUGGAGGAGCUGGACAAGGCGCCGGCGAAGAGGCGCAAGAAGAGGACUGCCUUCGAGGAGGCCCUUGCACUCGAGGAGAAGGCGGAGGCGAGGAAAAGCUUCCGGCUGGACCCCUGA